CAAGAUGAGACGCAUUCAUAUUUGGCCAGCCCGGCUCAAACUUCUCUGUUCUCCUUUUUCACAUAGAAAUUGGUUCUGCCCAACAGCCGCCAACCAUGAAGCAAGUCGCUAUCCUUUUGCUGGUGCUUCCAGCAGUCUUUGGUGGACAAUUCAUGGCAAUGUGGGAAGAUAUGGAGAAGGAAAUGAAAGAGAAGGGAUGGGGGGACAAAGGCAAGGCGUGGGGAGGCGAAGGAGAAGACAAGGCAUGGGGUGGUAUGGAAGAAAAGAAGGAUUGGGGCGAGAAGAAACCAUGGGGUGAUAUGAAGGAAUGGGAAGAUAAUAUGAAACAAUGGGGCGAGAAGAAACCAUGGGGCGAGAAGCAACAAUGGGGUGAUAUGAAGGAAUGGGAAGAUAAGAUGAAACAAUGGGGCGAGCAGAAACCAUGGGGUGAGAAGAAACCAUGGGGUGAUAUGAAGGAAUGGGAAGAUAAGAUGAAACAAUGGGGCGAACAGAAACCAUCGGGCGAAAAGAAGGAAGGAGGUGAAGGAGAGAAGGAGGACAUGUACGCACAGUUCAAGGAGUGGCUGAAGGGUCAGGAGGAGCACAGCAAGGAGAAAGAGGAGCGCGAAGAGUACAUGAAGAACGCCAUGAUGAAGUUCAAAGAGUACAUGCAGAUGAAGCACUUCAAGGAGAUGCAGGAGAAGGAAGCCAAAAUGGCAAUGUACCAGCAGAUGGAGAAGAUUAAGAUGAAGAAGAUGUUGACCGACAAACUCUACAGCAUGUCCCAGGAGUUCAUGGAGGGCAAAUUGAAGUUCAUGUUCGGCAUCUCCGCCCAUUUCUUGGAAUUCUGUCAGUGUGACAGCAGCAAGGACAUUUUCAUGAGGAUCAAGGAGGGUCGCUAUGGCGGAGAAGAAAUGGCCGGCAUGGGCAACAUGCCACAAAUGAACAACGUUUCCUUCAGUGGCAACUCUACUGGUGGCAUGACUUUCGGCCAGCACGACGCUAACAUGACUGACCCCAGUUCAAUGGAGGAGUUCGUUGCCUGGUUCGCCCAUAUUGACCACAAAGAGCAGGCCAAACACGUCCUUCACGACCUGGUCAAGGUGAUGUGCAGCUCCGCCAAGCAGUACCUGGCUCACAUGAAGGAAGUGGAACAAGCCGUCAUCGCCUACAAACGGAAUAACGGCAUGUAGAGGAUCUUUUGUCUUCUGAAGAUUGUUGAGCAGCUAUCGUCAAGCGGAGACCAGUCCCAACACAAUGUAUGAUGGGAAUAGAGAGAUGAUAUCCGAAGCGUGCAACUUUACUUUUUCGACUGGGAAAGGAAUCUCAAGAAAAUGAACCACCAUGUGUCUUACUCUUCCUUAUCUUUAAAAGAUAUUUAUAUAUCUUUAAGAUAAGGUAGACAUUUCACCAUUCGGGAAAUAAUAUAUUACAUUUUUAUAUUGUUUUUAAUACA